CAUAGUAACGUAACGUUAGUGAAUUCGCACCCGGCCCACCACGCACGCAUAUAUAUACCGGGAAAAUAAGAUAUGAAUAGCGGAAUACGCGGUGAACCGUUAAGCGGGACAAAUAACCGAAUCUACUAGAUUACACGAGGAGUAAUUUAAUGAUUUAAAAAGGAUUUUAAAUCAACGCGACCCCCUAGGCUCGGUGCAGCCCGGUACUGCUCCGUCCGUCCGCCUCUCGCGCUGUCUCUGCCCUCGGUGGUGACUCACGCUGCUCGGGCCGUUCACGGAACAUUGCUGACCGGUCGGAUUUAUAAACAGAGGGACCGACGGAAUUUAAACAUGAAGUUCAAACCGAACCAGACGCGGACGUACGACCGGGAGGGAUUCAAGCGGCGGGCGGCGUGCCUGUGUUUCCGAAACGAACGGGAGGAUGAGGUUUUAUUAGUCAGCAGCAGUAGAAACCCGGAUCAGUGGAUUGUUCCUGGAGGAGGUAUGGAACCAGAAGAGGAGCCGUGUGGAGCAGCGGUACGAGAGGUCUUUGAAGAGGCUGGGGUGAAGGGUAAACUGGGCCGUUUACUCGGUGUGUUUGAGCAGAAUCAAGAUCGCAAACACAGGACGUAUGUGUAUGUGCUGACCGUUACAGAGACCCUGGAUGCCUGGGAGGAAUCUGUCACCAUCGGUCGUAAGCGAGAGUGGUUUUCUGUUGACGAAGCCAUCAAAGUUCUGCAGAUCCACAAGCCUGUUCACGCCGAGUAUCUGAGACGCCUGCGGAUCAGUCGCCCACCCACCAAUGGCAACCUGCUUUUACCCCAAACAUCAGCCAACAACCUCACACCUCUCUUCAGCACACCAGCAUCAGCCACCCGCAGAUAGGACACACACAAAAACCACUGACACACUCCAGAGCAUCACCUCCGACGCACCUUUGGGACGAGUCUGUGUGGACGUUUUGGUGAAGAAUGCCUUAACGAUUUUUUUACGUUGAUUUUGAAACUGUUACUAACAUCUGAUUUCACAAACAAGUUACGUGGAAGUGCACUUCCAUCACCUCUUGACCACUCUCACCUGCAGAGCUCGGCAUUCUGGGAUUGUCAUUCCAUUCAGCUUCAGCGGUUUACCUCACUAAUGACCCCAAACCACCCUUUAAGACUCAAGCCCUUUAAAUGCCUCCUGACAGGAUAGCUGCAUGUCUGAAAGAAUCAGAUCCAUCACAUUACGAUUGUGUACAGGACGCUCAUCAUUCGGGAUUUAAGUAUGUUGUCAUUUUAUGCUGUGGUUUAAAAAAGGUUUGUAUAUAUAUUAAAAGACUGAAGAUGAUAAAAAUCUGUAAGGGUUUUGAACUAAAAUGCAAAUGUAUUAACUUUUUUCUGCUCUUAACACUUUCUAGGAGUUUUUUCUUUAGAUGAAUUUAAAAAAGAACAAAACUGUGAAUUUUUCAGAGAAAAGAAAAUUGUAUUAAUGGCUGAAGCUUGCAGUACAUGUCAAGAACGUUUUUAAGUAAAAAAGAAAUAAAAACAUUUUGCUUAUUAUAAAAAAACUCCUUGCAUAUUUUAGGACCAUUAGUUUUUUUGCAUUAUGACAUUAAGUUAAGAUCCCUUCUUCUCAAAAUCUCAUUACUUGGUGUUAGUGAACGCUUGUGAUUAUCUGUCAGAUGUGGGAAUUGGGUGCCUUUUUACUACUAAAAAAUACAUUGUACUGUCAUUUUAUCUUCUAACACUCAUGAAUUUAUCUUGAUCUGAAUCCAGUUCUUCACUCCAUGUUUGGGUGAGUGUGCUGGUCUCAGAUCAGUGUGAGAGAAUCUGCUGAAAGUUAAACACAAGUUAAAUGUAUUUGUGGGUUCUGACAUGUCAUUCAUCUGCUGACCGUGGUGUGUAUGUUGUGUGAUGUGUGAAAGAUGACAGGUCAGUCUUUAUUUUGGGAAGGUUGUAAUUGUAUAAAUGAUUUUUAAUACACUAAAAUGCCCAAUGUUAAUGUGAAAAAAACUAACAUUUCUUUAAACAAAUGUUACUGUGUUUAGUAAAACACAAACAGGAGCGUUAUUUUCCACACGACAUGUACUGUCUGAUAUUUUGAAUUUGUUGUAAAGUGUAAAUGAGCCUGGAGGUGUGGAGAUGUUCAUGGUGUUGGUAGAUUUACAGAAAGCAGGGUUUGACUAACAGCCUCUUACCUGCUUUGUUGCCAACGGGUCCACCGUUUCAAUAUGUUUACCGUAAUCUGUACAGAUGUUCAUAAUGGAUAUUUUUAUUUGUCAAUAAAGAUUGUAUCAGAUUAAACAGAA